GGACUUAAAUUCUUAUUACAAUUUCUGAACGAACUCAAAAGCAUCAAACCGAAAAUGACAGCUGUCAACGUCAAAGUCAUAACUUCAAUUUGUUUUGCUUGCGGUAUAAUGUAUUUCUCUCAAAGCACUGGGGUUUAUUUGCUCAAACAGCAAAAAUAAAUUACACGUUUUUGUGUUAUCGUUUUAUGUGUUUAAGAGUUAAAUUUGAGGCUACCAUGUCUGUUUUAUGACGGCAAAAUGAGUGACGAAACGAACGAAGAGCGUCAAGACAAUGAAUUGGCCGCAUUACAGGCAAUUUAUGGCGAUGCAGUCGUAGACAACCGUGAAGUUGUAGCUUGGAAGAUAUGGAGACCGAAUGAUCUGAUGUUAACAUUGAAUCCCCUACAUAAUUCUGAUAUCAAAGGCGUUCACUGUUCUGUGACUUUACACUUCAAAUGCUGUGCCAAUUAUCCUGAUAAACCUUUAUGUAUUGCAAUACACAAGAUGCGAGGUUUAUCUACAGACAAUGCAAUGCAACUACUGGCUGAAUUGGAAGAUUUGGCUAAAAAGUUAUGUGGAGAAGUCUGUAUAUUUCAACUGGCACAACAUGCACAGCAAUUUCUCCAUGACCACAAUAAGCCUACACUGUCGUUUUAUGAAGAAAUGGUGAAACAAAAGAAUGAGCAGGAACAGUUGAAAUUACAUGAUCUGAAAGUUAAGGAAAAUGAGGAGCGAAAAAAAAUGAAAGAUGAGAUUCAGAGGCGCCAGGAAAUACUCCGCGGCGCCGGCAGACAUAGGACGCAUAGGUCUAGCAUCAGUCAGGAUGAUAGUCUCGAUGGCACUGGCGAUGCGCCGGAGUUGGUCUGUUACGCCGACGACAAAAUGUCUCCAGUCAAGAAGAUAGUUAGAACUAAAACAGUUGAUAUACCCUGUACUUGUAAGAAUAAAGGAGUUCAAGUUGUAAGGAUUACUCAGAAGAAUAAUAAGAAGGUUUAUAUUAGUAACUGUUUAGGCCACUCAUCAAACGGUGCGACGACUUACCUAGCAAUAGACGACGAAGGGGAGCGUUUAAUCGCCAAAAAAUGGAUCACCCCCCCAGCCACCGACUUCCAGACCCGAUCCCGCCAACUGACUUCCAUGCAACAAGAUCUGAAAGCCAUGUGUCGACUCAACCACCCCGCCAUAACCCCUUACGUUGCCAUGGAAACGAUCAAAGACGCGAACAAACGGACAGCAAAACAAUAUAUAUACUUAUUCAGGAGUUUUGUUCUAGGGAGUGCGUUGAAAAGUGUUAAAAGCAGACUUGGUGUGUUCAGUGAUCGUUAUGAAGGGUUAAAAUUACUUAGGCAUGUGGCUUUAGGGGUCUUAGGGGCCCUAAAAGAGUUGCAUAGUGUGGGGAUCGUGCAUAAAGACGUGAGGGGUCAAAAUGUUUUCUUGGAUGACGUAGGGGGGGUUAAACUGGUGGGGAUUGGUUUGGAUAUGCGGCUGACUGAAAUGCUGGACGGUGAUACGUAUUGUGAAAGACAAACAGCAGCACAAGAUAUUUACGCAACAGGACAAAUGCUUCUAUCACUUGUAUCUCAAGAACGAACUUAUAUGGAAAUACCAUCAGAUCUGCCGAGUUCCGCUAAGGAUUUCUUUGCAAGGUGUUUAACGGAAGACGAGCAAUCUCAGUGGUCAGCAGAACAGCUGAUGAACCACGUGUUUCUGACAGACGCGCCUGCUAAAGUGCCCAGUAAUAAGGAAAAUAAUGAUGAAGGCAGUGGUUCUGAGGAUGACGACGCAGUCAAAAAGAUGCAUCAUAGCAGUCCAGUGACUAACGGUCAUUCACGUCUGCACGCGGAGUUUGAAGUGCUCACGUGGCUCGGAAAAGGUGCCUUCGGGGAUGUGCUGAAGGUUAAAAACAAACUUGACGGCGGUUUCUACGCGAUCAAACGCAUCAAGCUUAACCCUGAAAGCGUUCAGUUAAACAAGAAGAUAACUAGAGAAGUUAAACUGUUGUCCCGACUUAACCAUGAGAAUGUGGUUAGAUAUUUUAACGCUUGGAUCGAAUCUAGCAUUGAGGUUGAAGAAGAUGAUACGAGUGUGGAAAUUGAGGUACCUGAUGUUAAGCGCCCUGAUAGUUUGCAAGGAGUGGUCGCUAAGUUAGGCCAAGACAUCAAGGUGGAAUGGUCGAUGUCAGAAGCGCCGGUACAGAAGACGAGUACGUCUUCUGAAUCCGAAGACGAUGAUGAUGAACCGGAUCCUUGGUUUACUAUCAUGAGUCCAGAAGACGGAUCCAGCAGCGGGGUGGAAUUCGAAGAAGACUCGAACGUCUCUCAGACCAUACCUUCGGAAGACGUAGUGGAUGCUCCUCGCAAGUCCUUGGAGAGGAUCCGGCAGGUGCUGUACAUACAGAUGGAGUUCUGUGAGAAGCACACGCUGCGACACGCGAUAGAUAACGGACUGUGCCAAGAGCAUUUCAGAGCUUGGAGGCUUUUUAGGGAAAUAGUAGAAGGCCUAGCCCACGUGCACCAAAGAGGUAUGAUCCACAGAGACCUGAAGCCAGUGAACAUAUUCUUGGACUCCAACGAUCAUGUGAAGAUUGGUGAUUUUGGACUCGCUACUAAAGCAUUUACCGCCUUGCCUGUUGAUGAAAAAGCCAAACAGGAAGAAAUAGGCGGCUCUCUGACAGGACAGAUCGGCACAGCUCUCUACGUAGCACCAGAGUUACUCCAAUCAAGUUCCAAGGUCAUCUACAACCAGAAAGUGGACAUCUACUCCUUAGGCAUCAUACUCUUCGAGAUGUUCCAUCCUACGCUGGAUACGGGGAUGGAAAGGAUGAUGGUACUCUCUAAUCUGAGGAGCAAGGAUAUUAUCAUGCCUAAGGGCUUUGAGAAGGAGGAUAAUGCGAGGCAGAUUCAUGUUAUUAGAUGGCUUCUAAACCACGAGCCCAGUCUUCGUCCAACAUGCGCGGAACUAUUAGGCAGUUCCCACGUCCCCCGCGCCGUGCCCGAGGGAGCCCUAGCAGGCCUACUCGCACACGCGCUCAGCGACAGAGCUGCUCGAGGCUAUGGGCGCCUGGUAGCUGCCUGCCUGCACCAGGUGCCGUCCCGGGCUGAAGACUAUACCUACCACAAUGAUAUGAGAACCAAGCCUAAUGAACUGUUGCUAAAAAUCAAAGAUGAUGUCAUUAAGGUGUUCCGCAGCCACGGUGCCUCAGAAUUCUCCCCACCACUGCUGAUACCUCGAGCAGCUGCGUGGGACCAGUACCCGAAUGCUGUGAAGGUCAUGACAGCAUCUGGCUCCGUUGUGCAUCUGCCUCAUGAUUUGAGGCUGCCUUUUGCAAGACAUACAGCAUACAACGGCACGAAAUACAUGCGUCGUUACGUGGUAGACCGGGUGUUCAGAGAGAAGCAUGUCAAAGGUUUCCAUCCGAGGGAGAUUAUUGAGUGCGCCUUCGAUAUCGUUUCUCCUAGGACUGAUUCUCUCUGGCCAGACUCCGAGCUCCUAAUAGUGGCAAGCAGAGCGGCAACAGAAAGUGGCCUAAAAGUGUCGCUACAGUUGAACCACACGGAGCUGCUGCGAACACUGCUGCUGUCGUGCGGGGUGCCGCUGGACAAGCACUCAGACAUGUACCCCGUACUCGUCGAUGUGUGCUUCGGGCGCAUAACAAGUCUUCAACUACAAACCCACCUAACAUCCCUCUGUGUGACCAAUCGUGACGUGUCGAAUCUCCUCCGUCUAAUGGAAGCGGAUGUCCCGGUCCACGAAGUUCGCGAACUCGUCACACCGUUUGUGAAGCAAGCUAAGUUGAGCAAAGUGGUGGCUCAAGCGGUACAUGAUUUGGAAGCCGUUUAUAGGAAUACUAAGGCUUUGGGCUGUGAGUGCCCAAUAACAGUCGCCCCAUUCCUGGCGUACAACGCGACACAACACUGCGGCAUAUUCUGGCAGAUUUCAGUGAUAAGGAAUACGGAUCAUAAGCCCACUGCUAAACAUCGAGCUGGUGAUCUCAUUGCUGCUGGUGGCAGAUACGAUGCUUUAGUAUCAGAGUUCUGGAAGGUAGCGAGGACGGAAGACCAUGAUAGUGCAGAACUGAAAUCCAGUUCAGUAGGAUUCUCCAUGUCCUUGGAGAGAAUGGCCGCCAUUUUGAAGAAGAUGGAACCUGAGAUGAUUGCUUCUUCUUCUCCGAGUGUAGAGUCCCGCCUAACCUGCGUAUGCGUAUGGGGCACUGCAGGCAGCGGACGGGACGGACAAGCGGCCGCCCGCCGCGCCGCUCUUGCCCGAGAUCUAUGGGCUGCAGGCCUUUCCGCCGCCGCAUGGCCCGCCGCCAGUGCCGACGCUCACGACCUGGCCCGACCCGCUAUAGUGUUACUGCAAGAUGAUGCUACUGCCCGACUUGCUUACUGGGAUGGCGUAAGUUUAAGAGAACACAAAGUGCCAUACAUCGAUGUAUUAGAUUUCAUCAAACAGAAAUUACUCAGCCCUCAAGAUCCUAUAAAAACUCCUGAUGCAGGUCAAUACCGCACGUUGAGUUGGACUGAGAGCGAGAAGUCGAACAAUGGUACCUGUAUAUCUGUCACGUUCAUCACUGCCAGCGAUCGAAUGACUAAGAACUCCAAGAGGCAUUGUGAGAAUCAGAUAAACACCCAAAUGACCUCAAUACUAGUAUCACUAGGCCUACAGCCCGUGCUGUGCCGCGUCCGAGUAAACGUGCUAGCGCUGUCAUGCGAGGCGGCCUGCGUGCGGCUGCUGGCCGCCUCGCUCACCGCGCCGCUAGAUGCCGACGAGAUCGCACAUGCGUUUGCUACUGUUACUGAAAUGUAUCCAAAACGUCGUAACAUACUCGACGAUGCUCUCAGCGAAUUGACAGCAAUAGCUAAACAAUGCAACCAGUGUAAAUGUGAGGAAACACAACUGUACGCUCUAUACUCUAUACCCGAUUCUCUAUGCCGGUUGAUCACGUGACCCAUCGAUAUUUUGUUGAAAUAUCUCUUUUUAUACUAAUGUAGGUAUUCUAUCUCCGACUUCCUAGCUGCGUCCGAUAAUCGGAGACCGAUUUUUCGUAGGAGAAGAAUAGAACACAUCGAUUGUAAUAGUGUACAAGUUCUACAAGUCGGUCAAAAAAUUUUAGUCAGAUAUAGUUAUCGGCACGAAUCUUGAGCUCUGACCUACAUCUGCGCAGAACUAUGAAGCGAUGCGCUGCUGGCCAAUCACCGCUUUAGCCCGCCCCCGCGCCUCACUGCAUACAACAAAAGGGACCCAAUAAAUUACUUCUGCGCAGGUGAAGGUCAGAGCUCAAGAUCCGUGCCGAUAACUAUAGUCCUACAUAAAAUCGGUCCGAUUUGUCUGUCCUACAAAAGUCUGAUGUGGUCUUAAUGUGUACAGGCUGUAUUAUAAAUCUUCCGAUACUUGAGUUUGAUCAUAUAGUUAAUUGAUAAACUUAAAGACAACAUUUUGUAACAUGUUUGAGUAUUGAAAUAUUUAUAGAAUACCAGCAAGUGUAAACAAUAUUUGGUCUGCAUUGUUGUAUAUAAAAAAAAGUAUAUGAUGUAAGUAGGUAUAUAUUUUCCAUUUUAAGAAGACAUUUAACUAAAGAUAAAAAAUCUUAAGAUGACUUGCUAUUUAAAAACUCGAAUUAAAAGUAAAUUACGGCCAAAAUUCAAUGUAGAUACAAUAAUAACAUUUACUUACCUCCCCACUCAGAGACAUUUAAUGGUUACUUAAGCCAUUCCUCAGUGAAGGAUUUGUAUGACAUUCCGUUACUAAGGAGUGACUUAAGUAAUCAUUAAAUGUCUCUGAGUGGGGAGGAUAGUCAAUUGUAUCAUAGUUUUAAGCAGUCUUUUUUACCUUUAAUUAAGUACCUUCUCAAGUGGGGUAUAAGUUUUGAAUAACUUUAACAUAAACUCGUUUUCCUUAGUUUGAAUAUGAUUUCUUAUAAGUUAAAACAGCUUCUUUUAUCACGGGCAUUUAUUAUUUUUACAUUUAAUUUAUUAAUUAUCAUCCACCUGAUGUAAUAGAAAAUAAAUGCAAUUUGAAAACUUGAUUCAAAAGCAGUCCUACUAUAUACGUAUAUUAAUGUAUAUUGUGUUGUAAACUAACUGUAAUUUGUUGUGCUAAUGAUUUUUAUCUACAAAAACCAUUGAUUCAUAAUUAUAAUGUGUUAAUUUUCAAAUAAAACUAAACAUUCUCAGUAUUACCGAGGAGAUCUAGUUAUUAAUUUUGUUCGUAACCAUAUAUUUUCACCUUAUUAUACCUACAUACAAGUUGUUACAGAAAUCUGCCGGGGCUGCGGGAUUGUUCGAAAGAGUUACCGCGGCCCUAGUACAUACGCGGCCUACGACGGAACACGACGGUUUUUAGUCAGUAAGAGUCUGACACUCCCUCACUGCUGCAAACCCACAGCGGGAGGGGUCAUUUGAUGAUUUUUGACGUCGUUAAAAAAAGUUGUUACAAAAAUACUGCCUAAAAUAUGUAAGUGUAUGCUGCAUAUUUUGUUAGAUAAACCCCAUUUCAUUUUUUGUAACAUUCUAUAUACUGCAAAAUCUUAAAUUAAAUACUUGUAUUGUAGUGCUCGUAAAAUGAUCUUGUAAUCAUGCCUGUCAAGGGCAUGUAUAGGUCAGUACAUAUAAUACGUAAGAUGCUUAGUUCAAAUAAAAACUAAGGCUGGAAACAGUGCUCAGCUGACGGUCAGUGCUGACCGUACGUCCGGAUCGAAUCACAUACAAAAUCAGGCGCGUACCGUCAACGUAGCUGUGUGCGCGUUCAUAGACUUGCACAGAUAUAGCUACGUCGACCGACGGUCAGCGCUGAU